UGCGUGUGCGUCCAAGCUGAGUGGAGGGCAGCACAGCCAAUCGGCUUGCUGCACAGCCAAUCGACUUGCUGCACAUUGGCUUUGUCAUCGGGUGCUGAUAUUGAGGAAGGAUUCUCUAUGCUGCUCCGUUCGGUGUGUUUAGAAGGGCUGAUGAAAUGCCAGGAUUGGGCUGCCUCUAGGGAGAGCCUCUCUGCUUUAUAAUGUGAGCCAGUAGCAUCCAGGCUCGGGCUAACGCACAACCAUCGACCAAGCAGGCCUAGGGGAAACCAAGCAGGCCUAGGGGAAACCAAGCAGGCCUAGGGGAAACCAAACAGGCUGGCUCUGCUACUGCUAUUACCCCUUCUCCUCUUCCAGCCGAAAAAGGAGGGAUUUAUUUUUUACCGUCAUCCCUCCAUCCAUCCUGUGUUCUGUGGUGGCUCCCUCCUCCUCCUCCUGUUCCCCCUCCUCCACUACAGCCUCCUCCUCCGCUCUCUCGUUUUUUUCCCCCUCUUCCUUUUAUUCUUCUAGAGGUGCUUUUGGAAAUAGCAGACCUCCAUGUAUGACAAUUUGUACCUGCAUGGAUUUGAAGACUCGGAGGCGGGCUCAGCUGAUUCCUACACAAGCAGACCAUCGGACUCGGAUGUCUCUCUGGAGGAGGAGCGGGAGGUGCCGGGGCAGGUCCAGGGCCAGAGCCCGAGCCAAGGGGGCCCGGGGACCCAGGCCCCGGCCCAGACCCGAGAGCAGAAGGAGCAGCAGGCCACCGUGCAGCUGGAGAGAGCCAAGGCUAAAGCCGUGGCCUUUGCUGUGAAGACCAACGUCAGCUACUGUGGAGCAUUGGACGAGGACGUGCCGGUGCCAGCAACCGCCAUCUCAUUCGAUGCUAAGGACUUCCUUCACAUAAAGGAGAAGUUCAACAACGACUGGUGGAUCGGCCGGCUGGUCAAGGAGGGCUGUGAGAUCGGCUUCAUCCCCAGUCCCCUAAAGCUAGAGAACAUCCGCAUCCAGCAGGAACAGAAGAGAGGGCGAGUCCAAGGUAAGUCUGGAGGCAAUUCUUCCUCAAGUGUAGAGGAUGAGGUGUCCGCCUCGAUCAGACCCCUUAUCUCCUCUGCAGGAAAGCAGAAACAAAAAGUGACUGAACACGUCCCCCCUUACGACGUGGUGCCAUCCAUGAGGCCUGUGGUGCUAGUGGGGCCCUCCCUCAAGGGCUAUGAGGUGACGGAUAUGAUGCAGAAAGCACUCUUUGACUUCCUCAAGCAUAGAUUUGACGGCAGGUAA